AGAGGAUCCCUUUAACCCCAGUUAUUUGCCCAACGAGCAGAGGCAGAUGAGUUUGACUCCAAUUUCUCCCUGCAAAAGAUCCACUGUCCAUUCUAUGAAUCUAAGCCAACAAAGAGUCACACACAGAGAGGAAGGACCAAAGACCCAUUGAAAUGUCCAACCUCUUCUACCUGCUUGGUUCCCCUGUGCUUUCCCUGCUGCUGAUUCUGCUACUUGGCCUCUCUGGAGCCCAAGGCCAGGAGGAGAUCAAGGUGCUGCAGCCUAAGGAUCCACUCUCUGUGGCAGAGGGAGAGACAGUCACCCUGAACUGCACAGUGCCUGAAAUUCUACCAGCAGGACCAGUGAAAUGGUUCAAGGGGAAAGGGCCCCAGAGACAGGAAAUUUACAAUUUCAAAGGAGACACCUACCCCAGGAUAAGUCAAACAGCCCCACUUAGCAGCACGACAGACUUCUCCAUCAGCAUCAGCCACAUCACUCCAGAGGACAGUGGAACCUAUUACUGUGUGAAGUUCAAAAGGGGGACUCCUGACACAGAGCUUAAAUCUGGUGGGGGCACCAUAUUGUCUGUGAUGGGCAAACCCUCUGCUCCUUUGGUGUCUGGCCCCCAGGAGAGAGCAAGCACCAACCAGGUGGUGAAAAUCUCCUGUACCUCAACUGGCUUCUCCCCAAAAGACAUCAGCCUGAAGUGGUUUAAAAAUGGGACUGAACUCCCUGCUCUCUGGACCCGUGUUUUCCCAGAGGGAGACAGUGUUUCCUACAACCUCACCAGCACCGUGCAGGUGCUGCUCACACCCAGUGACAUUCGUUCUAAAGUCAUCUGUGAAGUUCAUCACUCCACAUUACAGACUCCUCUGUCAGGGAAAAAGAAGUUAUCAGACAUUAUUCGAGUUCCACCAGAAAUUGGUAUUUCCAGUCUGUCAUUCCCCUCAGAUUGGAUGGCAGCUACUUGCUAUGUGAUGAAGUUCUACCCCAACCACUUAAAUGUCACCUGGCUGGUGAAUGGCAUCAUUGUCGGAGGAAAGAAGUCAACUACACCCACUGAGAACAAGGAUGGCACUUGUAGCCUUGAGUGCUUACUUGUGGUCCCACUGUCUCUGCAAAAAGAAGAUGCUGUUUUCACAUGUCAGGUGUCCCAUGAUUCCCAGCCUCCUAUCAAUGAGACAUUGAGAGCUUCAGCUUCUCCCAUGCAUGGGGCUCAAACACACUCAGGUACAAAAGAUGGAAAUAAGGCCAGAUAGCAGAGGAUGAAUGGAAAAGCAUGGCAUGAUCCUUUAAAAAUAGUGUUGCUGAUGUCAAACCUCAAAAGGAGUUGAGGCUGUUAAGAGAAGCUAAGAACAAUGUGAGUGAAGAUUUGGUUUUUGUCUAUACUGAGAAAGAAGAGGAUCAAGGAAGUAAUGGGAUCCCUGCUUUGCAUAGAUGGAGCAAUGAUGACAGAUAAAAGAGAAAGCAGUAGAACUGUGUGCCUAGGCUUACAA